AGCUAUCUGCUUGUGGUGAUAGGGUGAAGAGAGACUACUGGGAUUUCUUAAUGCUGCUUUACUUUGUUCUGCUCUGAUCAGCUACUUAACGCAAAUGGCUUAUGCUGCUGUAACUUCGCUUAAAGGAACACUCCAUCUACACUUCUUGCAACCACAACCACGCUUGCCUCUUCAACACAACCAAGAGAUACUUAAUUCUCUCCAUGAAAAUCUUGGUUUCUUCCAAGAAGUUCUUGAGAAAUCUGAGAUUGCCUAUAAUAAUUCGGCGAUGAAAGAUUUAGAGGCAGAGAUGAGAGAUGUAACGUUCAAAGCUGAAGAAAGGAUUGAGAUGGAGUUGACUACCAUUUAUCUAGCAAAGGGUUUGACGAAGAGUAUUCGUAUAAAGGCUUCCCUCCAAAGGCUUCGUGGAAUCUUCAUUGAAGCAGAAAAACAGACUGAUUACCUCAAGAAGGAGUUUAUUAAAAUUAGUGAAAAGCAGCUAGUAAAUGGUCCAUCACAAGAUGAAAUGAUGCGACGAAGAGGACUACUCCUUGGUUCUACAUCAUCACAGCCUGAUCCAGAACGCGAGAAUAAUAUUACUUUGAGUAAAUUUUCCAAAAACGCUUCAAUAAAGUUUGAUAGUAGAAUGGUUGGAUGCGACAAGGAAUUCAAGACGAUAUUGGAUAAGCUCAAGCAACAAUCAGCUGAGCAGCUCCAAGUUGUAUCCAUUGUUGGCAUGGGAGGAAUAGGCAAGACCACUUUAGCUGGAAAAGUCUACAAGGAUCCAUCAAUUACCUCUUACUUUUACAAGCAAGAAUGGGUUACUGUAUCCCAAGAGUAUACCGUGGUGCAAAUGCUCAGAUGCCUUAUUGGUUGUGUUAGUGCAUCAAGUGAUGAUGAACAAAGCAACAAUGAUCUAGGCCAAUUAGCAGACAGUCUGCAGAAAAGCUUGAAGGGUCAGAGAUAUUUGAUACUGAUAGAUGAUAUAUGGAGCAAAGAAGCUUGGGAUAGUCUGCGAAGGUGCUUUCCAGAUAAUAAUAAUAACAAUGGAAGCCGUAUACUACUGACUUCUCGGCUCAGAGAGGUGGCUGAAUAUGCUGCUAGUUCAGGUAACUCUAUCAUUAACAUGCCCUUCUUAGAUGUCAAUGAAAGUUGGAAUCUCUAUUGCUGUGUGUUUGGUAAAACAGAAAAAAAUUCGGUGUUUGACCAAAUUGGUAGAGACAUAGUGAAGAAAUGUAAAGGAUUACCUCUAGCUAUUACUUUAGUGGCUAGUCUUCUCUCCAAGACAAAGAAGAAGGUGGAAAAGUGGAAGAAUGUUGCAGAACGUGUAAUUGGUGAUUCUAAUGAAGCAUGUUCAAGUGUGCUAUCUUUGAGUUACAACCAAUUACCACACCCCUCUAAAGCUUGCUUUCUAUAUUUUGGAGUUUUUCCAGAAGAUUAUGAAAUCCCUGUAAAGAAGUUAGUUAAGUUGUGGGCAGCAGAGGGAUUUUUGGGGGCAGUGAACAAUGAGAAUCUGGAGGAAGUGGCCACGGAAUGCUUGCAAGAUCUUGUUGAUAGAAGUCUUGUUCUAGUUGGUAAACAGAGUUAUGAUGGCAAAAUCAAGACAAUUAGGAUGCAUGAUCUCUUGCGAGACUUGUGCAUAAGAGAAGCUCGAUGUGAAAAUCUCUUGUAUGUUAUUGGAAAUGAUUAUCAUGGUGCUGUUGCUAGGGAUGUCAAUUUAGCCCUGAACCAAUGGGCUGGCCCAUUAAGCCCUAAAAAUUGCAGGGCUAAAAUCCAAAAAGAUCAAUCCAAUAAGAAACUUGAGAAACUAAGCAUCAAUCGGUGGUAUCUCAAACUUCAGGAUAGCGGCAUCCCAUGGGCAACUAGCUUUCUACCAAAUCUUAAGAAGCUCAAAUUAAUCAAUACUAGAUUGCCAUGGAGUGAUAUGAGGCUUAUUGGUAUGUUGCCGAAUUUAAAAGUUCUAAAAUUGAUAGAUGCUUGUGUAGGCAAUGAGUGGGAGACAUCUGAGGGAGGAUUCCGUGAGUUAAAAAAGUUGGUAAUUGAAGGCAGGAGUUUGAAAGAUUGGAAUGCUGUGGGUGACGAUUUCCCUAUGCUUGAACAUUUAGAGUUAACUAGUUGCCUUAAGUUGCGAGAGAUCCCUAUUGAAUUUGCUGAUAUCUCCACACUUGCAUUGAUUCAAUUAAAUAGAUGUUCGCAUUCUGUCCUGUCUUCCGCAAAUUGUAUUCAAGAUGAGCAGCGAAGCUAUGGAAAUGAAGCCCUCCUUGUUCGUUCCAAAAAUAUUCGGGUCUCUUUCUAUCCCUGUCUCCAUUAUAUCUCUGACAGUUUCACAUUUCAUGCUAUUUAAAUUCUUUGCAAUUCCUCUGCAAUCAAUAAUAGUUAUGUGCAUGCUUUCUCUCAUUUUUCUCUUUCUC